UUAUCUCUAUGAUGAUUCCAUUCACUUGUAGGACUAUUAUUUGAUUAUUUAUAUUUAAACAGGAAACAAAAAUUAUUGCAAUUGUUGCUUUUACACUCAUAGAAAAAUAAAAUGAUUUGUUAUUUACUUUUCAAUUUCAAGUUGAUUGAUUGAAGUCAGGAGGAAGAGGAAGGGAUAAGAGAAUCAAUGGAAGUUGUAACUUUAAUAGUUGGAAAAGUAGCAGAUUACACGUUGGUGCCUAUUGGACGUUAUUUGAUAUUCUACAAAAGGAAUUUGAAGGAGUUAGCAUAUCAUGUUAAGGACCUUGAGGGUGCAAGAGAAAGAAUGAUCCAUUCAGUGGAAGAAGAAAAGGGAAAUGGAAAAGAAAUUGAAAUAGAUGUGGUGAAUUGGUUGGAGGAAGUGACGGAAGUAAUUAAAAAUGCAAAUAAACUUCAACAAGAUACUCUUGAUGCCAAUCUCAGCUGCUACAAUUUAAUUUUACGUCAUCAUUUAAGUAGGAAAGCCACAAAGAUUACAAAAGCUAUUGUUCAAGUACAAGGAAAAGGGAAGUUUGAUAGAGUCGGGUACCUUCCCAUCAUUGUUGCUGAAACAAGAGAUGAUCAAAAUCCCGAGACAAGGAAGUUAUUUAAGGAAGAGAUUUUGAAGGCUCUAAAAGAUUCUUGUAAUUCUAGAAACAUUGGAGUGUAUGGGCUAGGUGGAGUGGGCAAGACAACUCUAGUGGAGGAAGUUGGUGGAAUAGCCAAACAACACAAAUUGUUCGAUGAAGUUGUUAUCGUACAUAUAUCAAAAAAUCCAGAAUUUAAAAGAAUUCAAGGAGAGAUUGCAGAUUUGUUGCGUCUACGAUUUGAUGAAGAGACUAUUGCCGGUAGAGCACAUCGUCUAAAACAGAGAAUCAAGAUGGAGAAAAAUAUACUUAUCAUUCUAGAUGAUGUAUGGAGCAUACUUGAUUUGAAGAAAGUGGGAAUUCCAUCAUAUAAUGAACAUAACGGUUGCAAAUUGUUGAUAACUUCUAGAAAUCAAGAUGUGUUGUUGCAAAUGGAUGUUCCAAAGGAUUUCACUUUUAGACUUGAACUUUUAAGUGAAAUAGAGACAUGGAGUUUGUUUCAAUUUAUGGCUGGUGAUGUGGUUAAAAAUUUGAAUGUGAAAGAUGUAGCAAUUCAAGUUGCCCAAAAGUGUUCAGGUUUGCCUCUUAGCCUAGUGACAGUUGCGCGUGCAUUGAGAAAUAAGAGAGAUGUACAAUCUUGGAGAGAUGCAUUGAGAAAAUUACAAAGUAAUGAUGAUCAUGGGGAGAUGGACGGAUUAACUUAUUCUGCUUUGGAGUUGAGUUAUGAGUCAUUGGAGAGCGAUGAAAUGAAGGAACUCUUUUUGCUUUUUGCUUUAAUGGAAGGUACUGAAGCAGAGCUCUAUUUGGAUGUUGCAAUAGCUUUAGACAUAUUCAAGCAUAUUAAUACCAUGGAUGAUGCAAGAAAUAGAAUUUACAACAUAGUAGAAUCUUUGAAGGCGACUUGCCUGUUGCUUGAAGGUAGUAGUAAAACAAGUGGAGGAAAGAUUGAAAUGCAUGAUUUUGUUCGUGAUGUUGCUAUCUCCAUAGCACGUAGGGAUAAACAUGUGUUUAUAAGAGAAUCCCCAAAUGAAGAAAAAUGGCCAACACAUGAUACAUUAAGAAGGUGUUCCAAGAUCCUUUUAUAUGGGUGUCGUUUUGACGAGCUUCCUCAAACGAUAGAUUUUCCAAACCUCAAGCUUUUCUUAUUAUGUAAUAAAGAUCGUUCUAUGAAAACACCUGAAACCUUUUUUGAGAGGAUGACAAACCUUAAAUUCCUAGAUUUAACAUGUUUCAACUUGUCUUCAUUACCCACUUCAUUUCGGUCCCUAAACAACCUUAACACAUUGUAUUUGCAUUUUUGCAUUCUGGAAAACAUGGAAGCAAUAGAAGCUUUAAAAAAUUUAGAAAUUCUUCACCUCUAUAAAUCAUCAAUAAUCAAGCUGCCAAGUGAAAUAGGGCGAUUGACUAAACUCAGAAAGCUGGAUUUGAGCAAUUCAUGAAUACAAGUAAUCCCACCCAACAUCAUAUCAAGCUUGACUAAAUUGGAGGAGUUGUACAUGGAAAAUACUUGUAUUAAUUGGGAAGAUGUGAAU